CCGUGACACAAUUAUUCUUUUACCACUUUUGCUCAUGUGAUGUUUCACUUAUUUUUGAGAGGGAGAACUCAACACAAACCUACAUUUUAUUUUUCCACCUGUUUAUGAUUAUUUUCAUCAUGCCAUUUGUGAAGAAAUUGAUCAGAUCAAGAUGACACUCUAUGUGUUACAACUGCCAGCUAUUAGUUAACAGGAAUAUCAUUCCGUGAUUGGCUAUUGGGUUAUUCAUCCAGUGUUCUGAAAUGCAGUUGGACGAACUUGCUCGGCCAUCAGUCAAACCUGUUCAUAAAACUUUGAAUUAAGACUCAUGAGAAGAUCAGGAUGGAAAACUGUUCUGGCACCUUAGCAUGCCCUUACAACUUGACGGAGGAGGAGUUAAAAAGAGGUCUGGACAAUUAUGGGAGCCUGAAGCUUAUUUUCUCCGUGGUUUUGGCUGUAAUGAUGAUCCUGGUGAUGUUUUCUCUGGGCUGUACUAUGGACAUCAAGAAGUUACGGUCACAUAUCAGAAGACCCUGGGGGAUUGCUGUGGGUCUACUAUGCCAGUAUGGGCUGAUGCCUCUCAUAGCCUACCUCUUGGCCAUUAGCUUCUCUUUGCCACCAGUUCAAGCUGUCACAGUUCUCAUCAUGGGUUGCAGCCCUGGUGGAACGUUCUCUAACCUUUUCACCUACUGGGCUGAUGGAGAUAUAGACCUCAGCAUCAGCAUGACAACUUGCUCCUCGAUAACUGCCGUUGGAAUGAUGCCACUCUGCCUUUACCUCUACACUCGAUCCUGGGAUUUUGGACAGACUCUCACCGUGCCUUAUCAUACCAUAGGAAUUACUCUCUUAAGCUUACUCGUACCUGUGGCUUUUGGCAUCUUUGUGAAUUUCAAGUGGCCGAAACAAUCUAAAAUCAUCCUAAGAGUUGGGAGCACUGUUGGGGUGCUUCUCUUGGUGGUAGUUGUGGUAGCUGGCGGAAUAUUGAUUAAAGGAUCCUGGAAUGUAGACAGUCCCCUUCUGCUGAUCUCUUUCACGUUUCCCUUGAUGGGACAUGUCUUUGGUUUCCUGUUGGCCCUUCUUGCCCACCAGCCUUGGAAGAGGUGCAGAACCAUUUCCAUAGAAACAGGAACUCAGAAUAUACAACUGUGUUCCGCCAUGCUUCAGUUAUCUUUCAAUUCGGAACAAAUGGCCCAAGUAUUUACCUUCCCUUUGAGCUAUGGAUUGUUCCAGGUCCUGAAUGCAUUCUUCAUCAUUUCAGUGCAUCAGACGUAUAAGAGACUGUGUAAGAAAAAACCUGAAGAAAAGGACCUCGAUUGCAACGAAGUCUCUGAACUGAAGGAAACAGCCACCGGGAGUGAGGCCACUUCCUUUCUGGAAAGGGAUGAGGAGGCCAGUGUGAACCUGUAGCUGUUACGACAACAGGCCUUGCUGGAGCAUUAUGCCAGAGUAAUGGCACUCUCUUCAUCAAAACUCUGUUAACUGCUGGCCAACAAGUCAAUCCAUCUGCUUCAGAAGCUAUUACUGAACUGUGUGGAUAGAGUCUAUUUGAUUAUUUAAAUGUCAAUUGUCAGUGUGUUGUGAUCCCUUUUGGGCAAACAUCUUGUUCUCUUUAACUUGGCAUUUUAAUAGUCUUGUCUAAGCAGUAUUCUAUUGUGUGGAUUCUUUUAAAAUAACAAUAUGCUUGCAUGUCAUUUUAUAACUCUUUUUUUGCAGUCGAUGGCAUCUAGAUUGGGUCACGGAUCAUCCUUACUGCCUAUAGGACUUAUUGACCUGCCUGCUUAUUUCAAGUCAAUCCAAGGGCCACUAGGUGGUCUAGUCUAUACAGCACUGUCAGGGGAGGACCUGAGUUCAAAUCUGGCCUCAGACACUUACUGUGUGACCCUGGGCAAGUCACUUAACCUCAAUUGGUUCCCCCCCCAAAAUUCAAUCCAACUCGAUAAACAUUUUUCAAAUUCUUACUUUGUUCCAACUUCUUCACUAGGUAAGGUACACAUUUUAGAUAAUAUUGGAUCCUUGCCAUCUUGGAACAAAUAGUGUUGUGGGCUAGAAGUUCUUGAAGCUAUGCUGAUUGGGGUAUCUAUUCAGCACAGGGUAUAUAGUAGAUGCUUAAUAAAUGCUUGUUCCAUGCUAACUGAAUCUUUGACUGCCUGGUCUAGUGUAGUGAUUUUGAACAGCUGGAACAAAAGAGAGGUGAUUGUGUGAUGUAGUAGGUAGAGCAAUGGAACAGUCCUGGAGUUAGACGAGGGCUCUGAUUCUGUACUUACUAGUUGUGUGAUCUUGGAUAAGUCACUUAACUCAAUGUCUCAGUCUUUUCAUCUGCAAAAAGAGGAAAACCACACUUGUCUAUAGGUGCCAACUGACUGGGGAAUACUUAAGCAAAUUAUGGUAAUGAAUUUUUUUGUGUUGUAAAACAAAAUAAAACAAUAAUUAUGAAGAAUUCAGAGAAGUAUGAGAAGAGUUAGGAAGAAUGGGGCAGGUUCAGGAAAAUAACUUACACUGAAGAAUAAAAAAAAAUGAAUUGAAUGCUAUGCAGUUAUAAUGACCAACCUUGGUCCUUGAGAAGAGUUGAGAAAAUGCAUCUUUGCAGAGGCAAGUUUUGAAUACUGUGGGGAAUACUGUGAAUCUUGUCAGACUUGGUAAUGUGAUUAAUUUUGCUUAAGUGAUUUUUUUCUUCUCUUUCACAAUAUUUUUGUUACAAGGGAAGGCACAUUGGGUAGGAGAUGGGGAAAGGCUAUAUUUGGAAAUGUAAUUUAUGUAAAACACAAGGAAUCAAUAAAAAUAAGAAAAAUAAAUAUUAGGCAAUUGUUGCAAAGAUCAAGUAAGAUAAUGAAUGUAUGUAAAGCACGUUAAACCUACAUAGCUCCAACUCCAUAUUGGCUCUGACUCUUCUCUGUUCCAUUCCAAAUUCUCACCUGUCCCUUUAUACCCACUCACUAGCUGUGUGAGCUUGGGUAAGUUGCUCUCUCGAGCCUCAGUUUCCUUGUAUGUAGAAUGAGAGAGAA